GAUGUCAGACACUCAUAUGAACCAUAUACAAAAAGGAUAAAAGUUUCCGACCUUAUUCCACAUUCAAAUUAUACAGUUCGAGUCAUAACGACAACCACUGUCGACAUGAAGCCAGAAACCACAACUCGAACCUUUACAACCCCCGAAGGAGUGCCAAACCAUAGUCCUGAGUUACAGCCAAAUUUUCUUGGAGUGUAUGAUUGUACUCAAAAUAAAAGAAAUGUGACUGUGAACUGGAAGUUUCCAGAUCCGAGGGAACGAAAUGGCGUGAUAAGGAACGUAACCGUGAAAUAUUUUACGAAUAUUUCCAAUCCAAAAUAUAUCAAUCUGCCCAGAGUAACAACAACCACGAUUUUUGGGUUGGAUUGUGAUACCGAGUAUAGUGUACAAGUUCGAGCAUGUUACCAUGGCAACAAAAAUUGCAGCGCGUACAGCAAAAUUAGAGUUAUCACGGCCCGCCAUGUCGAUAUUGAUCGCCAAACAGGUGAUGAUAACAAUCGUCUUCGUUUGUGGAUAGGUCUUUUCAUUGGCGUGCCAUUAAUCCUUGUACUUUUCAUAGCGGUGUCUCUGUACUGUGUUUGCAGGGAAAAAAAGAAAUCCCUCGAGCCGCUCACAGAGAGUGACAUCAACGGGUAUGAUAAACCAGAUGGUAAAGAGUUGUCUGAAGUGGGAGAAUAUUCGAGGCUAGAGGAUGAUGCGGAAAACAAAUCCGAACAAGCUAGUUCCUAGGCUCACAAGAAACAAGACUGAAUUAUAAGGAGUAAGACUACAGUAUAUAUAUAUGGUUUCAUUGGACAAAUAUCUCAGCUUUUCAACAUUGAAAAUUAACUCUGCUCUUCAAAAAUAUAUAUUAUA